AUAUUCUUUCUCCAUCUUCACAUACAGCUAGCUAGUCACAAUUCACAAUUAAAUAUACAAACCCCUAGACUCAAAAAACCAAAAAAAUGAAGUCAUUCACAUUCCUACUUGUUCUCCUUCUAUCAAUUGCAAUGACCAUUACUCUCUUUCCAUCACUAUCUACCCAAGAAUCAGUUCAUGAUGAAACAAUGGAUGCAACAUAUCAAAGAGGAAAGGGCUCUUUUGGUCGUUAUAACAUGUACACAUGCAACAAAUACCCUAGGGUUUGUGCUACAAAGGGAAGUCCUGGACCAGAUUGUUGUGGAAAAAAAUGUGUAAAUGUUAUGACUGAUAGAUUUAACUGUGGUAGAUGUGGUAAGAAGUGUAGGUAUUCAGAGAUUUGCUGCGAAGGGUGGUGUGUGAAUACAUAUUUCCACAAAAGGCACUGUGGAAAGUGCAACAAUACAUGCAAGAAAGGAAGCGAGUGUUCUUAUGGAAUGUGCAGCUAUGCUUAAUUAGAGGGCUAAAUAGCAGCUUCACUUGCUGCUAAUUAUAUGUAAUAAUUGCGAUUAAUUGGUGUCCAGUUAAUUAGGAAAAUUUGUGUUUGUGUAUGGUAUAUAUAGUAUGAUGGCUAGUUGUAUUACGUGGUAUGAUUCCGCAUAUAAGUUUAGUUCUCACAUAGAUGAAGUUGUAUGCUUUUGAAAUAAAAUGCUACUACAAGAGAUAAAA